CUCAAUUCCACCAGUUAUUUCCUCUACAUAGUACUUCCUACCCAUCAUAACGUUUCCUUCUCAACUGCUGUCUGUCUGUCCGGUGUAUUACCGAACACUCCUCUGCGGGCAUUUAUCUGAAUCGCUUACUACUGAUCGCCGUCGACCAUCGCGUGCACGUCAGCUGAAUGUGGUAACUGAUAUCCCAGCGGCUCAGCUAAAUCCGUGAGAUUCGUUUGUUUAUUUAUUCGGCUUAUUUAUUCGGCUUAUUUAUCCGACUUUUAUUUAUAUUCCUAAUAGUUCAAAAUCCUUGCGCAAAGAAAAGCAAAGAAAAGCAAACAAAAUGCCAUCGCCAUCGAAAUCGGAAACUCUCGAGCACGACAACUUUGUCGCUUUUGACCACGCCGCUGCUGGACAUGACGGCGUUCGCUGCACCCUCUCUGGCUCCCUAAUCGCAAAGCCUUGCACCUCCGCAGAAGUCGAGUUUUACGAAUCCUGCGCCCUCCAUCCUCUAUUCCGGGAGCUCAUCCCUACCUACAUCGGUACCCUCUCGUCUGCAGACGAUCAGCAACAGCAACAACAACAACAACCGUCCCUCGCAGUCCCCGCCGCCGCCGACACCCCGCUGUCCGACUCGACAGGCACACCUACAGAAAAGCCAGCCUCCCCCUUCGGGCAAAAAAUAGAUACCGAACUGUCGGUUGUACUGGAGAAUGUAGCCGCUGGAUUCAAGAGACCAAAUGUCCUGGAUGUCAAGCUGGGAGCGCGGCUGUGGGCAGAUGAUGCCCGGCCGGAGAAGCGUGCGAAGCUGGACGCUGUCUCGCAGGAGACUACUAGCUCGAGUCUUGGAUUCCGGAUCUGCGGUAUGAAAGUAUAUACCGGUGAGAAUGGGGAGAGCGACGAAGGUGUUCUCACCAAUCCGUACGAUGCGAAGCAUGAAGGGAAGGAGGGGGAGAAGGGCGAGGUAGUUGAGAAGGAUGGCUUCAAGCGUUACGAUAAAUGGUAUGGAAGGUCGUUUAAUGAGGGGAAUGUCAAGGAAGGCUUUGAGGCCUUUUUUGCUGGUGCGAAGCUGGGCGGCGUGGACCGUUCGAAGCUCAUUGCGAGACGGGCCAUUGAAGAGUUGAAGCGUGUGCAGCAGGCGCUUGAGAUGGAAGAGAGUAGGAUGUACUCCGCUAGCGUCUUGAUUGUCUACGAAGGUGACCCAGAAGCGUUGGAGCACGCGCUUGAGGAGGAAAAGAAGGCCUUGGACAAGCCGCCAACGCAGGAUGACAAAGAGGAAGAUGAAGACGAAGAAGUGAGCCUAGAAGAGUUCCAGCAGGACGGAUCCCUGCAACUGGUUGAUAUCAACAACCUGGGGCAAGCCGGAAUUUCCCAGCAAGCCAUCAACAUCCCCAUCGAUCCCAGCACUGUUGCAGGCCUCGGUGACGAGGGUGACGACGAAGAGGAUGCCCCGAAGGUUCAUGAUCUUCGCUUGAUCGACUUUGCCCACGCCCAAUGGACUCCAGGCCAGGGGCCUGACGAGAACUCACUUCGGGGUGUACGUAAUUUGAUCAAGAUUCUCGAUGAUAUUGUUGAAUGAGGCAUCAUCUCGUCUUUUACGAUUGGUUUUGAACGGUGUGAAUAGUCGCUGGCGGCUUGUACACGAUUUACGAUAGCCAUCUAGCGUUCGAUGUUAUUAUAUAAAGCAUUGGAUAUGAACGAGAGCGCAAUACAUUCUUUCAUUAUAUUAGUUUUGAAAAACUCCCAGUGACCGCCAUGCUCUUGUGCACACAACUAUGUAGUGCUUACAUAAUCCGGAACAAUUU